AUGGCGACUUCAACGGAUCGACUGGCGAAGUUUAAUCCGGAAACGAUGGAUUACAAGGCGUGGAAGUUCUUGUUUGAUAAUUACGUUGCCCUGACGGAUCUUCAUACCGAUAAGCACCGCCCUUUGCUGAUCAACAGCCUGGACACCAAAGCCUUACAGCUUCUCGUGUCCAUGUGCAAGCCGAAAAUGCCGUCGGAUUUCACGUUAGGAGAGUUGCUGACGAAGCUGGAAACGGCAUACGCGCCGUACACCAACCAGAUCACGGAAUGGGCACUAUUCUUCAGCCUUCGCCAAGGUGAAAGUGAAAGCCUGGUCGAUUUUGCGACACGGAUGCGGGACAAGACCAUCCUGUGCGAUUUCCCUAGCACUGUCCUUGAAAAGAAUUUGUGCGCUGUCCUAGUGGCGGGAAUACGAAGCGACGCAACCAGGAGGUAUUUGAUGUUGUCGGAAUUGAAAACAUUCGACGCCGCCCUGCAGCUGGCCAUCAAGUUUGAGACAAGCGUUAAGGAAGCCAAAAAGAAUAAUGUCGAAGAAGAAUCGGUGAACAGAAUUGCAAAGAGAGACGCUAAAGAGAAGAAAGACGAGAAAAGUGAACGCCGUAAAGAGACAAAGAAAGGAAGUGAUGAAGAGGAAGAGAGCGAGGAAGAGGGCGCGUCCCGGCGCAAGUGUAAGCGGUGUGGUUCAUGGCGUCACACACCGGAUGAAUGCUGGUACCGGAACACUCGUUGUAAUCAUUGCGGAAAUAAAGGUCACAUCGAAAGAGCCUGCCAGCAAAAGAGAAGUGAAGAACGAAAGAAGGAUAAAAUCAGCACGGUUUUUAAUGUUGAAGAAGAUUAUUUUGAUAUUUUGCCCUGA